CUGCUGAUCAUUCGUUCCUUCAAAGUUGAAAACCUAGCAUUGGCUUAGAGAGCGAAGCUGUCGAUAUAUUCUGAACCACAAUUCGCUUGAUAAAAGGAAAUUAUGUAACUCGUGAUGUCUGAAAUAGACCAAAGACCUACAAUGGAAACUAAAGCCACCACCGAUACUCUAUACAGUCAGCUCCCUUUGUCAGUCAAGAUCCAUGGACAUGAAUUAGGACUGAAGCCAAUCAAGAAGCAAGGCUUUGUGACCGCGUUCCUGGAGAAGCACCUACCAGUGCGCAGACUGCAGCAGGGGGAGGGUGACAUCAGCCACAGGGUUGAGUUCCUGGAUGCCAGGAAAAGGAAGAAGGUGAAGGACGCUUGUGUUGGUAAGAAGGGACUGUCAAACAAGGACAGGAAGAGACUCAAGCUGUUUGACAUCAAGAAGGAUCAACAAAGGUAUGAGGAUUAUCUCCCCCUGCAUAUCCUGUGGACAAGCUACGUGAAAGACCUCAUAGACUUCCAGCAUUUGAAUGAAAAGAACCAUGUGACAGCUACCAUGAAGUUUAUGAAAGCUGACCUCCAUGGUUGCAUUAUUACAGUUCAAAGGUCAAAGUGUGCAUCCUAUGUGGGUACAACUGGGAUAGUGCUUAAGGAAUCUCGCAACAUGUUCCUGAUCGUAACAGCUGACAACAGAGUCAAAGACAUCCCCAAGCAGAACAGUGUGUUCACAGUGAAGGUGGAGGGAUUUCUGUUCACCGUGCAUGGUAACCACUUCAAGGUGAAGACUGCAGAGAGGCCAAGUCGACGCUUCAAGAGUAAAGCAACUAUUGACUUGUGACUCGCUUCAUGGACAGGCUGUUUGGCAUGAGUUCAUGAGUAUAAUUUCACCAGACUGUUUACAGAUCACACUGAUGGACUGAUGCCAUAGCAACACUUACGAACUGAAGGCUUCAGUGUGGCCUGCUUUGUGUCCUUCAGCCUCUAGUGUAUCCAAAUAUCAUUUGGAGCAAGGUUUCUUUGCUGAAUGAAUGGCAGCCUGCAGAACUUAUUCUAGUGGGUCAUUAAUGUCUGAAUGUUAUGUAUCUGAGUGCCACAUGGACAACAAUAUUUAAUAUACCAGCUUGAGGAUUA